UCCCCACGCUGACUGUGAUGUUUAACUCUUAUGCUUUAUAACACAGGGUUGCUGAAGGCCAGAGGCCGCAGCCUGUGGCACUGUGGCCUCCCUCCUCACCAAGGGCGGGGGCUUUGGGCCUCCAGAGUGUCAGAGGUGGUGGGGGAUCCAGCCAGUCUUAACUGGCGACAUGUGUCUCACCGUGUAAGUUAUAGAAUACAGCAGUAGGGUGGCGACUCUGAGAAGCCAUUGUCCUGGGCUCUCCACCCUCCAGGAUUUUUCUCCCAGGCACUGGGAAGAGCACCGUCACUGUCCAGACUUUCGCAGUUUUAUGACUUUCUCGGACUUAAAUGGAAAUUUCUUGACGGAGGCAACAGAGUUCGUUUUCCCAUGCUUUGAGCCGCUGUCAGGCAGAGCCCCCAGGCAAGUCGUUAACAGCGAAGGAGCCACUUUGGAGUUUUUACGCCCUCCCCAUACUCCACCCCCCGGACUGGGAAGGAUGGCCAGUUACUCGAAGGCUUGCCGUCUGAUGCUGGGAUGGAAAGUCACAGCCCGCAAGCUGGAGUAAGCCGCGGGGAAAUGCCGGGUCCCCGCCUCGCGGUCUCGGCAGGGGUGUUCUGUGGAUCUGCACACUGAACUGCCAAGGACUCCACAGCUGCGUGGGGACCGAGAGCCACUACCCGACGCGUCGCCCCGCGCGCCGGCUCGGGGACUGAUCGGUACCUGACGGGCAGGGCAGGGCCGUUCCCGCUCACACACCCCUUGCAGAAGGAUGGCAGGACCUGGCCCGGCAGCCUAGCGGCGGGAGAGAGCAGCGACCUGCAUCUCCAGUUUUCACUCAGGGCACGAGGCCGACUAACCAUCGGGACAGCCCCAAAGCCCCAGAAAGAACCAAACCGAACUCGCGCCUGAGAGGGGCUUCCGAGACCUGUCCCCUCCCGGGGAGGUGGCAGACGCAACUGAGCGCGGAGAGUGGAGGACGAGAAGAAAGGGGGAGCCUGGGGCUGGGUGUGCGCGCGUGGGAGCGCGCCUCGGAGCGCCCAGCUCUCCCCGUUUCAACCCCGGGGGCACUUCGGAUGGAGGGAGUGGUAGCCGCGGGAAUCGGAGGAAGCAAGAAAAACCUUCUCAAAGUGACGCCUCAACCAGGUCCUGCUUUCGAAUUCAAAGCUAACGGCUGCUAGAAAUUGGGGCUCCUCUGCCUCCUCCGCACGCCCCCCUCCGCCCCAGCGCGGAGCCCCGAUGGUUUGCUAAGCCGCUGGCUUUCCCACCCCCGACUCAGAGGUCGCGGGCCGGCGGCGCCCGCUCCGCCGCGGCUUCCUCCUCGAAACCCGCCAGCGCGCAUGAGGCCGCUGCCCCCGCCGCCGGCACUGGCGCCCCCCUCGCGGUGCCCGUGGUGAUGCCAUGCCCCGCCACCACGCGGGAGAGGAGGGCGGCGCCGCUGGGCUCUGGGUGAAGAGCGGCGCGGCGGCGGCGGCGGGCGGGGGGCGCCUGGGCAGCGGCAUGAAGGAUGUGGAGUCGGGCCGGGGCAGGGUGCUGCUGAACUCGGCGGCCGCCAGGGGCGACGGCCUGCUGCUGUUAGGCACCCGCGCGGCCGCGCUCGGCGGCGGCGGCGGCGGCGGCGGCGGCGGCGGCCUGAGGGAGAGCCGCCGGGGCAAGCAGGGGGCCCGGAUGAGCCUGCUGGGGAAACCGCUCUCCUACACCAGUAGCCAGAGCUGCCGGCGCAACGUCAAGUACCGCAGGGUGCAGAACUACCUGUACAACGUGUUGGAAAGACCCCGCGGCUGGGCGUUCAUCUACCACGCGUUCGUCUUUCUUCUUGUCUUCGGUUGCUUGAUUUUAUCAGUGUUCUCUACCAUCCCUGAGCACACAAAGUUGGCCUCAAGUUGCCUCUUGAUUCUGGAGUUCGUGAUGAUUGUCGUCUUUGGUUUGGAGUUCAUCAUUCGAAUCUGGUCUGCAGGUUGCUGUUGUCGAUAUAGAGGAUGGCAAGGAAGGCUGAGGUUUGCCCGAAAGCCCUUCUGUGUUAUAGAUACCAUUGUUCUUAUCGCUUCAAUAGCAGUUGUUUCUGCAAAAACUCAGGGUAAUAUUUUUGCCACGUCCGCACUCAGAAGUCUCCGUUUCCUACAGAUCCUCCGAAUGGUGCGCAUGGACCGAAGGGGAGGCACUUGGAAAUUGCUAGGUUCAGUGGUUUAUGCUCACAGCAAGGAAUUAAUCACAGCUUGGUACAUAGGAUUUUUGGUUCUUAUUUUUUCAUCUUUCCUCGUCUAUCUGGUGGAGAAGGAUGCCAACAAAGAAUUUUCUACAUAUGCAGAUGCUCUGUGGUGGGGCACAAUUACAUUGACAACGAUUGGCUAUGGAGACAAAACUCCCCUAACUUGGCUGGGAAGAUUGCUUUCUGCAGGCUUUGCGCUCCUCGGCAUUUCUUUCUUUGCACUUCCUGCCGGUAUUCUUGGCUCAGGUUUUGCAUUAAAAGUACAAGAACAGCACCGCCAGAAACACUUUGAGAAAAGAAGGAACCCAGCUGCCAACCUCAUUCAGUGCGUUUGGCGUAGUUAUGCAGCUGAUGAGAAAUCCGUUUCCAUUGCAACCUGGAAGCCGCACUUGAAGGCCCUGCACACCUGCAGCCCUACCAAGAAAGAGCAAGGGGAAGCAUCAAGCAGUCAGAAGCUAAGUUUUAAGGAGCGAGUACGCAUGGCUAGCCCAAGAGGCCAGAGCAUUAAGAGCAGACAAGCCUCAGUAGGUGACAGGAGGUCCCCAAGCACCGACAUCACAGCCGAGGGCAGCCCCACCAAAGUGCAGAAGAGCUGGAGCUUCAACGACCGAACCCGCUUCCGGCCCUCGCUGCGCCUCAAAAGUUCUCAGCCAAAACCAGUGAUAGACGCGGACACAGCCCUUGGCACUGAUGAUGUGUAUGAUGAAAAAGGAUGCCAGUGUGAUGUAUCUGUAGAAGACCUCACCCCACCACUGAAAACUGUCAUUCGAGCUAUCAGAAUUAUGAAAUUUCAUGUUGCAAAACGGAAGUUUAAAGAAACAUUACGCCCAUACGAUGUAAAAGAUGUCAUUGAACAAUAUUCUGCUGGUCACCUGGACAUGUUGUGUAGAAUUAAAAGCCUUCAAACACGCGUUGAUCAAAUUCUUGGAAAAGGGCAAAUCACAUCAGAUAAGAAGAGCCGGGAGAAAAUAACGGCAGAACAUGAGACUACAGAUGACCUCAGUAUGCUCGGCCGGGUGGUCAAGGUUGAAAAACAGGUACAGUCCAUUGAGUCCAAGCUGGACUGCCUACUAGACAUAUAUCAACAGGUCCUCCGGAAAGGCUCCGCCUCGGCCCUCACUUUGGCCUCAUUCCAGAUCCCACCUUUUGAAUGUGAACAGACCUCUGACUAUCAAAGCCCCGUGGAUAGCAAAGACCUGUCCAGUUCCGCACAGAACAGCGGCUGCUUAACCAGAUCAGCCAGUGCCAACAUCUCUCGAGGCCUGCAGUUCAUUCUGACGCCAAAUGAAUUCAGUGCUCAGACUUUCUAUGCGCUUAGCCCUCCUAUGCACACUCAAGCUACACAGGUGCCAAUGAGUCAAAGUGAUGGCUCUGCAGCGUCAGCCACCAACAACAUUGCAAACCAAAUAAACGCGGCACCUAAGCCAGCAGCCCCCACAACUUUACAGAUCCCUCCACCUCUCCCAGCCAUCAAGCACCUGCCCAGACCAGAGACCCUGCACCCAAACCCCGCAGGCUUACAGGAAAGCAUUUCUGAUGUCACCACCUGCCUUGUUGCCUCCAAGGAAAAUGUUCAGGUUGCACAGUCAAGUCUGACCAAGGACCGUUCUCUGAGGAAAAGCUUUGACAUGGGAGGGGAAACUCUGUUGUCUGUCCAUCCCGUGGUGCCCAAGGACUUGGGCAAAUCUUUGUCUGUACAAAACCUGAUCAGGUCAACAGAGGAACUGAAUAUACAACUUUCAGGGAGUGAGUCAAGUGGCUCCAGAGGCAGCCAAGAUUUUUACCCCAAAUGGAGGGAAUCCAAAUUGUUUAUAACUGAUGAAGAGGUGGGUCUGGAGGAGACUGAGACGGACACUUUUGAUGCCAUGCCGCAGCCUGCCAGAGAAACUGCCUCUGCCUCAGACUCUCUAAGGACUGGGAGGUCACAGUCAUCUCAGAGCAUUUGUAAGGCCGGAGAAAGUCCAGACGCCCUCAGCUUGCCUCACGUCAAACUGAAAUAAGUCUCUCAUUUUCUUUCUAGGCAUAGCAGUUCCUUUAGCCAUACAUAUCAUUGCAUGAACUAUUUUGAAAGCCCUUCUAAAGUGGAAUUUGCAAGAAUCGGGAAGAACAUGAAAGGCGGUUUAUAAUCUUUUAAUUGCAUGAAAAUGCAUGUUUCCAGAUGGCUGAAAUUCCAAGGUACAUCAGCAUUAACCGCUCAUUUAGGAACGUACCUUGAGUUAAACAUACUGAGAAACCAAACACCGCUAAUGCUGUGGGGUGUAUGAAAAUUAGGUCGUUUAGAAGAUUUGACUCUGUAUUUUGAAAUUAUGGGAGUAAACACCUUCAAAUUUCAGCCAUUUCUGCUUCGCAAUUAAAUACAAAAUGCAUUUUCAAAAUUAGGCCAUCAUGUAUAUUGAAACACAAUGGCUAUCAUCAAUGGCUGCUAACAAGGUAUCGAGUCAAGCAGAGUUUGGGAAUCAUAGAAAUGGCUGCUUAUUUCAAGAUAUAUUUGCCAACCCAUUCCUACUCAGUCAUGUUAUUAUUAAUGUAAUUCGAAUGUCAAUUUGUGUGCUUUUGGUGAUUUAACGCUGUGGCAAGCAAUUUUGCACAUCAUUUUCAUGUUGUUCUUUAUGAUGAGAAUGUUCUUCAAUAAGAAAAUGUGCAAAUCCUGAAAUUCAGGGCCAGGGGGCAUUUAGACUGACUAUUUGACACAUUUGACUUCAUUGAAACAUAUUCCCUAAUGGCUGAAUCAAUUUUGUAAGUGGUCAACUUCCGUACAAGCAAGUGAAAUGCUAAUCAAUACAAGGCCAGUGUGCCUGAGCUGAUCUCUCUGCAAUGGCACCACCCCAGGCUUGCCAAUACUGCCCACGGAAAGGGGAAGUGUGAGGAGCUGUUCCCACUAAGUUGAUACAUAGGAAGGAUCCCAGGGAAUGAGGCAUGUGAGUGAGAGUGAGAUGGGAAAGGCUUGAGAAGAGCCCAGACACAAUACCGGGAAGUGAAGUUCAAGAAAUUGACUUCCCCUGAAAGGGCAAUGAGAGAGAAAGAAACCAAAAUAAAAGUACUCAAUUUUUUUUAGAACAUGAAUACUGCUAAGGAAUUCAACUACCUAAACGUCUUAUUCUUAUAUAUAAACAGAGAAUUUUGCAAGGUAUUUAUUUUUUAAUAUGCCCUGAAUGUUUUUUGCUAUUAUGUAGUACAUUUUGCAUAUGAAAGACUCAAAGUAAACCUCCUUUACCUUUUAUACCAUAGUGAACAUUUUCUAUUCUCCCCAAGAAUGUUGCCCCAAAUCUUGAAAUUAAUGGUUCAGCUUCCUGGCAUAAACAUUUACAGUUGGAAGCCAGGUAACACUGGCAGCGUCCGCAAAUCAAAACACAUCAUCAUAUACAGUGACAGCAAAAAGCCCAAGAGAAACAAAAUGAAAAAUUACUGACCUGAAAGCAAGCGAUGCUGACUGCUCGUUAGAAACCAGUCUGGCGGUCUCAGAUCAGUAGAACUUCAGGCAGGGUGAUGGCCUUCAAAAGGGAAGAAGUAAGGUAGCAUUUUAGUUCAGUUCAACUCUAGCCACAGAAGGACUUUAAGAAAGUGCCACCCCCCCACCCCCAUUCUGUGGCCAGUUAGCUCAGUUGGUUAGAGCCUGGUGUUAAUAAUAACAAUGUUGCCGGUUCGAUCCCCACAUGGGCCACUGUGAGCUGUGCCCUCCUUUAAAAAAAAAAAAAGUCUCCCCCCACCACCCCCUCACCCCUUGGCAGAUAGUGCUGCCUCCAGAAAAACUUCAGCAGCCCCAGAAGAUCAACUAGGCACCCAAACGCAGGAGGAGGCCCUGAAAUCCACCAGUCCUUCCCAGCUCUCCCACAACCGGCCUUCUCCAUCCCUGAUUCUUUCCUUACUUUUCUUCUCCAUAACUACUUAUCAGUUUCCUGCCACUAUUUUGCUUCUAAACUUCACCAGGCCUUAACCAGCUUCCAUACCCAAGUAAACCACUUCUCCACUCUACCUAAAAUGUGCUUCUCAACUUUUUAAAAUCCUUGUCCCUUUUGAUAGACACUGAAAUUCUGAAAGCUCCCUCUUCUCACCUGUCCUGAUUUCUGAUGCACUCCCCUGGGGUGUAUUGUUCAGAAUCUUCUUGGCUGCUAGAGACACACAGAAGAUAGAGUCUAAGUUUUCCACUCCUGUUAAAAAGAGUUUGUCAAGCUUUUAAAGCAUGUAUUUUCAUUUUGGAAACAUAGAGUCUUAGUAAAUUAUUAAAUGCAAUUUUAAUCUACCCAUGUCUCCACCCAACCUGAAGUUGUGAUACACCCUCCAGAAGGGAUUGCGCGCGUGAGCACACACACAUGCACACCUCCCCUGACAGAAAGCCAGACACCUGCCAGGCACUCAAAGGAAGAGGAAGGAGGCAGCAACUUUCAGGGAGCACUGAUUCUUGGACAUAUUCUGUCCUGGGUCAAACCCCACUGGCAGCAGGAAUUCUGAAUGUAUUGGGGACCCCUCCAUACGCCUCUUUAGGCCUCUAAUGCAGGACAGUUCAUCCAGCAUUGCCGAAGACAGAAGAUUCAGAAACAAAACCUAGAAACAUCAGUGAGGUCUUAAUCAUAGAAAAAUGUAAUAAACCAUGUUAUGAAAAACUUUUAUUCAUUGAAGCCAUGGCCAUUUUGUGUCUAUCUUAUUCUGGCACAAAAAUUCUUGGAUGUUAAAAGAUAGUUGUAUUGUGUGAAACCUGCAGGGUUCUGUCUGUUGUGUUACUCUCUGUGGAGUUGAGGGGUCUCCCAUUUACACUUAGCAAAGUCCCAUUGGUCGAUCCCAAAUGGCGUCUUGAAGCAGUUUAGCUGAGCACUGAGCAGCCAGCCACAUGCUUUCUCAGUUCAAGUUGUCUGCCUUCUUCAACAUGCAGGGUUGAUCAAGCUGAUACUUAAUUGCAAACAUCCCAGAUAUGAGGUUAACUUAAAAAUGUUGCUAUGUGUGAUUUAAAUGUUUGCAUUGUGUUCAACUAAAUUAAUAUCUGUACAUAGCAAGUUUGUUUAAAGAUACUUUAUUGAGUUUUAAAGUCGUUAUCUCCUGUUCUAAGGUGCCUUUCUCACCUCCCAUUGACUCAGUGACUCUGAAAGUUCUUAAUUUGCAGGUAAAAUAAGUCUAACAGAAAAGGAGGAAAUCAGGCACAAAGUGACUAAUAUCUCACGCUCAUGUGCAAAGCAAAACUAUAAGGAAUGAUGAAACCUGAGCAACUAAAUUAAUGGAUCACUUAAGAAAAUAUCAUAAAUAUUAACUUAUCUCCCCAGAAGCUGAUAUUUUUUGCCUUAAAAUGACUUGGUUGUGUUUUUGUAAGAGAAACUUAAUAUAAUUAUGUGCAUUUAAGUGAGCAGUUCUAAAAGUCAUGUAUGACAAUGCAAUUGUCUGUUUCCUGAAAACAAAUCAGGAAUACCAUAUCCAUUUCAAGCUACCAUUAAAAUGUAAUUUCCUUUGCUCUCUUUUACCGGGAUUAUUUGUUUUAAAGUAAAACAUUAAAAAGAUGUCUAUAAACAGCUAAUGUGACUGUUUUUAUCUGGAACUAACUGGUUGGUGCUGAACUGAGUAGUGGCAGUGAAUCAAACUGCCUGUAUACCAAUUUUGAGCUAAAAUAUAAAAAAUAUUUUUUCGCAAUGUUGCUGAAGAAAUAAUUGGUAAUUUGGGGAGAGGUUUGUAAAUGUUUUUGAGGGGUUCAUUAGAAAAAUAAUUUGAAAUUAAUUUGAUGGUUUUUUUAGUUUGAUAUGUCAAAACUAAGAUACCAAUGUAUGUGAGCUUUGUGUUAACUAUAAUAAAAGGGUUUGUUAAACAAAUGAUAAGAAAUGGGGACCAGGCAGGUACCCAAAUACUGCAGUCCCUUGCUACUCAGAAUGACCAUUUUUAGCACCUACUCAGCUCUGACUUACCAGGGAAGGGCUUUUGCUCCAAAAGGGAUUUUCUUCCCUCUUCCCUAAAAAGUCCCAUUCUUUCUGUUUCUCUAGCAAUUUUACACUGUGUCUCCAUGAUUAAUUCCAGGGGAAUUAUUUUAAUGGACGCUGAGAAUGUUAGACCUCUAGAACAUAAAGCAACAAAGCCCUAACACAGGUGUUUUAGACAGGAGGAAGAAGACUGAAGGAGGGUUACCCUGGGGGGUAAUCUGAGGGGACUUCCCGACAUGGUUCUAAUGAGAUCAAACCGGAGUGUGCCUAUUCUGCCACCUUCUAGAAAGACGAGUGAAAAUAAAACUGUGUGUGGAACAUGCUUGCUUGACCAACUUUAAAAGUGUAACCUGCUUCCAAACACUUUAGGAACUACGUUAGCAGUACCUCUCAGCACUGCCAUUUAAAAGGAAAAUACACUAACAACAAUUAUUUUAUCCUAACCAUUGAUAAAAACAGGCUCCCAGACCUUGAAGUGGCCACUUUUAUUAACCGGGUUUCAAAUGCUUUAAGACUCUAGUACAGUAAAUACUGUUUCUUUUAAAUUUUUUCUAUUUUCAUUAAUUACAAUAAGACUUCACCCUAAGCCUACCUAAUUCCAAAUCAUUGAGGUUUUUACUACAUUUCAAAUCAGAAAUUUAUCAGAUGCAUUAUGUGCAAACUAUAGGUUUAUGCACUGACCUGGACAUCACAGCACCACAAAACUGGUGAAUGGAAAAAAUUUUCUUGUUCCAACCAAUAAAUAGUAACUCCAAAGUUACGUUGCUCUGAUAUAUUUCUCUUUGCCCAUUCGCAUGAAUCACUUCAUUUCUAUCACAAUUUUGUUGACCAUCCUAGAGUAUGCUCUAGGAUAGACAGGCGGGUUCUAGUUUUCCCACACACUGUCACAACUACACCAACUUUUUCAACUUGACACCAAUAUGCUUUUUCUCCCCCCUUUC